AUGUCAUAUAGCCCCUCCAAUCAGCCAGUGAGAGCAGCGCCGCUCGACUCGGACUACGAGCGCAUCGACGGCGACCCCUACUUCACACGAGUAGUAUCCUAUUUCAGGCCAUCGGAUUACCUCAAUUGGGCCAUCUCCGUCGCCGCCAUCCCCGCGGGGCUCAAGCUCUGGGAACACUUGGAGCCCGCAAACGGCACGGGGCUCAAGCCCGCCAGGAUCAGCGGCGCAUCCUAUCGCGCCGCCGUGGCAAUUGGCCUCACGGGCGGCUUCUUGCUUGCCUACAUCCGCUCGUCGUACCGUUUCUUGGGCUGGAGAGAAAACGCCCGUGAAGUUGCAAAAGACAGAUACGAGAUGAAGAAGCUAUUGAGCCAGGGCAAGUUGCCCUACCAUGAGGACGAGAGCGCCUUGGAUGACAGGGGCAAGGAUAUCGCUAAUAGAAACUCGCAGUAUAGCGCCAGCAUGUUGUAUCUCUUGCCGUGGUUCAACUUGGCUUACCACCCUUACCACCAGACCAACUUAGAGAAGUACUAUGAGAACAGACCCGGUGAGGAAGAGUGGGGGUUUAAAUUGAAGCCUUUGGACGAGAUUUACGCCAACGCUAACAAGUCGAAGUACAGUUAG